UAUCAUAUACUUUUUUUUUAGCUGUGUCAACUUUUUGUAAUCUCGGUCAUCUCUUUCUUGCUCCUCGGCUGCUCCACUGCCCGUUCAUCUUCCCUUUCUCUCGCAGAUCUUUGAUCUUCCCAGCUCAGGUACGCCGAUCUAUCGAUCCUCCCCCAGCUCGCUGCUACUUUUUUAGGGCUCCGUCUCGGGGGAUCGGUCGCGUCGCGGUCGGUUUAGCUUCUACGAUCGGCCCCUCCUCUCUACGCUCAGAUCUCAUGCUUCUGCUCCUUUCUGUAGAGUGAUCCCGAAUCCGGCUCGCUAACUUGCAAAUUGGAUCGUCGAUAUUUUUUCUCCUUCUUCUGAAGGGCACCUAUCUGCGGCAGUUGAAUUUUUUGAGCUUGUAAUGAAAUCCUGAGUCAUCAUAAACAAAAUCUUUCAAGUAAAUAAUGGCUAGUUCUACAAAGUAUCUUGACUUGUAAUGAAAUCCUGCACCGUAAACAAGAAAAUCUUUCAAGUACAAAAUGGCUAGUUCUACAAAAUAUGUUGACCCUGCAUUCCAUGGAGUUGGACAAAAAGUAGGAACUGAAAUUUGGCGGAUUGAGAACUUUCAACCAGUACCUUUACCAAAGGCUGAUUAUGGAAAAUUCUAUUUCGGAGAUUCAUACAUAGUUUUGCAGACAACUUCUGGAAAAGGUGGUGCGUACCUUUAUGAUAUUCAUUUCUGGAUUGGAAAAGAGUCAAGUCAAGAUGAAGCUGGGACUGCAGCAAUCAAGACAGUUGAACUUGAUGCAGUUCUUGGGGGCCGUGCUGUUCAACACAGAGAACUUCAAGGCUUUGAGUCGGAUAAGUUCUUGUCAUACUUCAAACCUUGCAUUAUUCCUUUGGAAGGUGGCUUUGCCUCUGGAUUCAAAAAGCCCGAUGAGGAUAUUUUUGAAACACGAUUAUAUAUAUGUAGAGGAAAACGAGUUGUUAGAAUGAAGCAGAUCCCUUUUGCUCGGUCAUCGCUGAAUCAUGAUGAUGUUUUUAUUUUGGAUACUGAGAAGAAAAUAUAUCAAUUUAAUGGUGCUAAUUCUAACAUUCAAGAGAGGGCUAAAGCUUUGGAAGUAGUACAAUUCCUGAAGGACAAGUACCAUGAAGGGACAUGUGAUGUUGCCAUCAUUGAUGAUGGGAAGCUUCAAGCUGAGUCAGAUUCUGGUGAAUUCUGGGUCCUUUUUGGUGGAUUUGCACCAAUUGGCAAAAAGGUAGUCACUGAAGAUGACGUUGUUUUAGAAGCAAGCCCAGCUAAGCUUUAUAGUAUCAAUGAUGGUCAAUUAAAGUUGGAAGAGAGCACACUUUCAAAAGCAAUGCUGGAGAAUUAUAAAUGCUAUUUACUAGAUUGUGGAGAUGAGGUAUUUGUUUGGGUUGGACGUGUGACACAAAUCGAAGAGAGAAAAGCGGCCAGCAAAACUGCUGAAGACUUCAUUGCCAGUCAAAAUCGACCAAAAACAACACGUAUCACCCAAGUUAUCCAAGGUUACGAGCCACUUUCCUUCAAGUCCAACUUUGAAUCAUGGCCAGCUGGUAAUGCAGCGGGAGCGUCUAGCGGAGAGGAAGGACGAGGAAAAGUAGCAGCUUUGUUAAAGCAGCAAGGUGUUGACUUAAAAGGAGUUUCAAAAGGUUCUCCAACUAUUGAGGAAGCAGUUCCCCUGCUUGAAAGCGGAGGAAAACUUGAGGUUUGGCGAAUUAAUGGUAGUGCAAAAAAUAUAGUUCCAAAAGAAGAGAUUGGUAAAUUUUACAGUGGAGACUGUUAUAUUGUGCUGUAUACCUAUCAUUCUUCUGAUAAGAAAGAGGAUUAUUUUUUAACCUGUUGGAUUGGGAAGGAUAGUAUUCAGGAUGAUCAAAUUAUGGCAACAAGGUUGGCCAAUACAAUGUGGAGUUCCUUGAAAGGAAGACCUGUACAGGGCCGCAUUUUUCAAGGAAAGGAGCCACCACAAUUCAUUGCAUUAUUUCAGCCCAUGAUUGUGUUAAAGGGAGGAAUCAGCUCCGGUUACAAAAAGUUCAUUGCAGAAAAGAACUUGAGUGAUGAAACCUAUACUGCUGAUGGCAUUGCUCUCAUCCAAGUGUCUGGUAUAUCUGUUCAUAAUAGUAAAGCAAUUCAAGUUGAUGCGGUGGCCACAUCAUUAAAUUCUACGGACUGUUUCAUUUUGCAAUCUGGUAAUUCGCUAUUUAUAUGGAAUGGAAGUUCUUGCACAUUUGAACAGCAACAGUGGGCUGCAAGAAUUGCUGAAUUUUUAAAGCCAGGUGUUGCUAUCAAGCAUGUCAAGGAAGGAACAGAGAGCUCUGCUUUCUGGUUUGCUAUUGGAGGCAAGCAAAGUUUUAUCAGCAAAAAGAGCCCACAGGAUAUUGUUAGAGAUCCUCACUUGUAUAGCUUUUUGUUUAAGAAAGGAAAACUAAAGGUUUCUGAGAUUUUCAAUUAUUCUCAAGAUGAUUUGAUGACUGAAGAUAUGUUGAUACUUGAUACACAUGCAGAGGUUUUUGUUUGGAUUGGACAGUCUGUGGAUUCCAAGGAUAAGCAAACUGCCUUUGAAGUAGGGCAGAAAUACAUAGACCUUGCAGUUUCCCUAGAAGGUUUACCUCCAGAUCUGCCACUUUAUCGGAUUACAGAGGGAAAUGAACCUUGCUUCUUCACAACUUAUUUUUGUUGGGACAGUGCAAAGACCCUGGUUCAAGGAAAUUCAUUUCAGAAGAAACUAGCUCAUCUAUUUGGAACUUCUAUGCAUUCUUCGGAGUCCAAGUCUUCUGCUGUAAAUCACGAUGGGCCUAGGCAAAGGGCAUCAGCCUUAGCUGCACUAUCAUCUGCAUUUAAUCCAUCCUCAACUAAAAUUACAUCAUCAAAGUCAUCACGUUCAGGCCAAGGAUCACAGCGAGCAGCUGCAGUUGCUGCCUUGUCUUCUGUUUUAACUGCUGAACAAAAGAAGGGAGAAUCUGAAACCCUUACAGCAAGAUUCAACAGAAAUGAGUCCUCUGAUCCAACUGGGACUGUUGAUGAUUCUGUGAAGACUGAAAGUGUGGGCUCUGAUUUGGGGGAUUCAGUUGAGCUUUCAGCAGAGAAAGAAACCAUGGAUGAUGCUUCUGUAUCACAGAGCAAUGGUGCAGAGGCUGCUGUACAGGAUCCUGAGACUGGCACAAAUGGGGAUGAGACUACUUUCAGUUAUGAGCGCCUGAAAACCAAAUCUAGCAAUCCUGUCCAUGGAAUUGAUUACAAACAAAGAGAGGCAUAUCUAUCAGAUGCUGAAUUUGAAACUGUUUUGGGUAUGACCAAAGAGGCAUUUUAUCGACAACCCAAGUGGAAACAAGAUAUGCAGAAAAGAAAGCUGGAUCUCUUCUAAGCUUGUGCAUAUACCGCAACCAUUGAGACUUUUCUGGCUCAUUCCACUUCACAAGUUGUUCUAUUGUCUGCUUGGAUUUUCGCGUCUGUUAUUUCGGUUCUUUCUUACUUCCAGUCAUUGUAUGAAAGGUCUUGCUUUGAUAUUUGUGGAGCAUGCAUGCUUGUAUGUUGGGCUUGUGGAGUAGACAUUCUUUUAUUUUAGUGACUAUUCGAGUUCCACCUGUUCUAAAAUAUAGUUUGUGUGCUUAGUUUGUUAAGGUUUAUAGGGCAUUGCGUUUGAUAGGCAUGGAGUAUGGAUUAUGCUGAAAUGUGUAAUUAAUUAUUUAAUGACAAUGUAUGCCUUUCUACAAACUACUACUAUUAUUGAUGUUA